AUAAUCAGCUGAUGUGUAAACAAAGUGGAGCAAACACGUUAUCAUCAUCGUUAGGGCUAUUAUCUAUUAUUGUUAUUAUUUAUCUCAGGCCAAAAGCGCGAGCGAUAAGUGGGGUGGGGAGAGGAGAGGGAUUGGGUGAUUUCAGCCAAGAAAAUAAUAACAGCUGCCGUCAGUCCGUCCGUCCCUAGGAUGUCGAGAUCUAAGGAAUCAGAUGAGAAGUCGAACUGCAGUCGUACUCAAUUUGUAUUGUAGUGCUUAUCGAUGUCAGAUUACGGAGCAGAGGAGUCUUGGCGAGAAUCCUGCGACAGCAGUGACGUCAUGCAGAAGGAGCUGGAAGAUCUGGCGAAACUGUUGCGGGCAGACGGAACUCAUGUCCUUGAUGACACUUGCAAACUUUCGCUCUCCGCGUCACUACUCCGCAAAAUCAAUAACAGGUCGAACAUUCUGCAGCAGCAACAGCGACGCUGGCGUCGUGAGAUGCCCAGCGCCGAUUUCCUGUGCGAUUUCAUGCGACGCACCCGCGCCUUAAAGCUGUGCGAUGACGACUGUCACGGUUCAAACGACGAAGGCGAUGAGGAAUUCGUCGACCUGCGGCUCUUCGACAACUUGCGACUGCUCGAGUUACAUCGACUCAGUGUGUUGACCGUCAAGGGUCUGGAAGCGUUGCGGUCGCAGAUCGAGUACGUCAAGUGCGUGCGGAGCGUGAACGGCGGCGGUGUUGGUGGUGGAUUGCAGGAGAUGCUCGAAGGCUGCGGUGCUGACAAGGCCACUGGUUACGCUUGGCGCGCACUCCGCGGGGCUGUCUUCAGACACAACCGUUUGGUAAAACUGGACGGAAGCUUGCGACUCGCGCCCCACCUCGAAUCGCUGGACGUCAGCUACAAUCGCAUCGGCGACAACAUCGGACCGCUUAUUUGCCUGCCGAAAUUGAAGCACCUCAAUCUCGCCAACAACCGUAUCGCCUCUCUGAAGACGCUAAGACUUACCGUCGAUCUGCAAGUCCUCAUAUUACGGAACAACCUGAUCGACGACAUAGAGCAGCUCUCUGGACUCGACGGUCUCCGUGAGCUGGACCUCCGUUGCAACUGCCUCUGGGAUUUCGAUUCGCUCCUGCCACUCUCAAAAAUGCCGUCCUUGCGUCGUCUGUCUCUUCUCGGGAAUCCUCUCAGCUGCGAUCCCAACUACCGCUCGAAGACCUGCCGCUAUCUCAAUGUGAGCCGCAUACGCACUUUGUCAUCACCACCGCCUGACGAUGACGUCCUGCUGCUCGACGAUCUUCGUCUUAAUGAACAAGAGCUACAGAAUAUAGGCAGCUAUGUGCCAACGAUACCGUCCUCUUCAAGUCAAUCGCAAUGCGUUGAACAAGCAUUUGAUGAUGAUGAUGAUAUAACUGCGGAGGAACACGAGGAGAGUUCCGUUCUCGGUGGCGGCAGAUUGCGCGCGGCUCUUCUGCUCGAUCUGCAGAUUCAGAUGCAGGACAGCGGUUUCGUGGCCGAUCAGAGACCCGUGUCGCCCUCACAAAGUAUCGGAUCUGUCGGAUCAUUGAUGCUCGAGCACGAGCCACUGAUGCUUAGGACGAACCGAUAUUCCGGAAGCGACAUUGAAAUUUUAAGUAAUCCGAGCCAAAGCAGCAUAGAGGUUCUGCAGCAGCCUAUGGUGGCCAUCCCACCGAACCAUCUACAGAGACAACAUUUCUCGUGACUCGUCUUUCCUCUGCGCUUUUCCUUCCACCGGUGUUCAAAUCCUCUCACCAUAUAACGAAAACAACUUUCAACCACGUAACCGCUCUUGUGUCUACACCAUCUUUAUUUAUAUCAUUUACUUACUACGUGAGAAAGAAAGAGGACUGAACAGGCAAUAAUUAUCGAGCCAGCCUUAAUAUUGUACCUUGUCUAUUAUUAUACAUCAUGUUUACAAAAA